CUUUGGGUGUCGAUAUAUCCUAUCUCGUUGCAGAAUGUCGUCGAGGCAACUAGACAGUUCACUUCUAUUAUUCAAAAGCAUCUCGGUGCAGAGGCGUUGAGCAAAUAUUUGAAUUGA